ACCUCGGCUACUCGAACGUUCGAUUAAAGGAAGAAAUCAACUGAUCAAUAUGGGGGCUCCAAGUAGUUCUAAUGGAGUGCGUGGCAGAAAGAAGUCAUCAUCCAGAGGACACCAUAGAUUCGUGGGAGUUAGGCAGAGACCAUCAGGGAGAUGGGUGGCUGAGAUCAAGGACUCCUUGCAGAAGGUCAGGCUUUGGCUUGGAACUUUUGAUACUGCCGAGGAGGCUGCUCGAGCCUACGAUGAUGCUGCUCGGGCCUUGCGUGGGGCUAAUGCGCGCACCAACUUCGAGCUACCCCAGUCAGCAUCAAGUACGUGCGGCAACCGCGUCUCCUUGGAUAACAUGGAGCCUUUCUCGUUUGAGGAAGUCUGUGGGUCGGGAAGUGAUGCCGAUGGGUUUCUUGGAGCACUCAAGGCCAAAUUGCUUGAUGGCAAAGGGCUCAGAGUCCUAUCACCUGCUAGUUGUGCUGGUUUGCAAUCUAGCGUUGCUUCCAGCUCUCCUCAUAACAACGGUAACGUCAGCAGAGAGUCAGGUGUGACAACAGUUGCACCUCAAGGAAUUGGAAACAUGAACCCUGUUCAGGGUCCUGUAAAUCCCGGUUUUAGCAAGCCCGACCCUGUCGUAAAUCUAGAUCAUGAACAUGAUGAUCAAGUGGCUGCAGGUCAUAUUGGGGUUCAAUGGCAUCAACCUGGCCAAAGCCAAACUGCGUCUAUUGCAAGCAUGAUGUGGUCCAAUGAACCGUCAUACGAAGCGGCAUGGGGCGCACAGAUGAACCAAGUCCCUCCUAAUGGCUUGUUUAAUAUCACCACUUGCACAACUGCAACAUCUACAUGGCCACUUUCCGGGACAACUGAAUCAACAAUGGACUUGUCAUAUUCGGACCAGUGCCCAAUAGAGAUGCAAAUGAAUAUGAAUGGUAAAACAAACAUGCUGAGCAUGCCAAUUUCUCAAAUUGAUGGAACGACAGAAGGUGUUUGGCCGUCAGAGCAGCAGUUUGUGCACUCUGACAACAACGGUUGGAGUGGCGCUAAUGGCUCUUGGGAUCCUUACCUCUAUGUUUCCUCUGUGCUUGGUUGAUAUCAGCCAAUCACAGAUUCAUCAUGAUUAAUGCGAUUCUUUCAUUUUCUAUUUCCAUUAUUAAUUGUACAACAACACCUACUAAUCAUUCUUUACUU